AUGAAACAGAUUUUCUCAACAUUUCCUCUUGUGUUCUUCUUGUUCUUCUUUCAAUGCACUCCAGCUCUUUCGCAGAGUCCGUCGCCGGCUCCUACACCUCCAGCGCCUGUUCCUGUACCUCCAGUGCUGGCUCCUGUACCUCCGGUGCUGGCUCCUGUACCUCCGAUGCUGGCUCCUGUGUCUCCAUCGCCGUCUCCUGCAGGUCCAGCUCCCAUUGACAUCAGUUCUAUUCUUCAGAAGGCCAAGAAAUAUACGACAUUAAUUCGACUCCUAAAAAUCACCCAAGUGGGUAAUCAACUCAAUACACAGCUUAACAAGUCAAACCAAGGUAUCACAAUACUAGCUCCAACUGAUGGUGCAUUCGCUAACCUCAAACCAGGCAUGUUAAACUCUCUCACCGAUCAACAGAAAACCGAGCUGCUCCAAUUCCAUGUCCUACCUUCGUUUUUCUCUAUCUCCCAGUUCCAAACCGCAAGCAAUCCACUAAGAACGCAAAUUGGUAAUGAUGAAAGAUUUCCACUCAAUAUCACUGCAACUGGGAAUCAGGUGAACAUAACAACGGAUAUGGUUAAUGCAACAGUGGCCAAUACAGUGUACACUGAUAACCUGCUAGCCGUGUAUCAGGUUGAUAAAGUACUCCUUCCGCAUGGUCUUUUUGCACCUCCANUCACUGCAACUGGGAAUCAGGUGAACAUAACAACCGAUAUGGUUAAGGCCACAGUGGCAAGUGCAGUAUAUGCCGACAACCAGUUAGCCAUAUAUGAGGUUGAUAAAGUACUCCUUCCGCAUGGUCUGUUUGUACCUCCACCGCCAGCUCCUGCACCUGUAAAACCCAAAAAACACCCGGCUUCAGAUUCUUCCCUCUCUGAUGAUACUACUCCUGUCGAUACUACUACUUCUGAUGGAAUUUAUCUGUCCCAACAUGCAUUGAAUGCAGUGUCCAGUAUCGUCCUUGUUUUGGCAGCAUUUUGUUUGAGUGUGUGA